GGAUCCGCCCUGAUCACUAUCCACCCACCUCUCCGUUCAUGCAUUUUUGACUUUAGCAUUGGCUUGCUGCUAACAUCACCGUUCCACUUUCGUGAACUAAGCCAAUCAGAGCUGAGGGUGCACCGGAGUAUAAUCGACGAUGAGCGCUGACACGCGCCCUUAUUCUACUUCUUCCUCGUCCAGCCAAUGGUUCGAUCACUUUUUUUCAUCCGCUAGGCGGUCCAAACCUCUAGCUACGCCGUCUCAAGCCGUCGCACGGGAAAUAUCCGGCGAGGGUCUCGUCCGCCGCCUUUCCCUUUUUGAUCUCAUUCUCAUCGGUAUUGGAGCCUCAAUUGGAGCUGGAAUCUUUGUCGUUACCGGAACCGUUGCCCAUGAUGCUGGACCAGGCUCAAGUUUGACAAAGAAUUCAUAUGAAUCGAUUUUGUACAUAGAUUUCUAAAGGUAAUGUGCCCCUCCAAGAUCACGAAGCUGGUUCCGCCACUGGAUGUCAUAGAUUGAUUUAUCUUUUGGGAAUAAGGUUUGGAUGUUGUUGUUGUAUUUAUAGGAUGUCAUUUAUUCUAUUCAAACAUAAUUCCAUGUUAAGAAAUUUGUUGGUGCCAUUAUUUUCUCUUCACCAUUGAAAAUAGCUCUUACCUCAUACUCUCUCAUUUGCAAUGUGUUUUGCAUACCUGCACUUUACUCUUAACUUGAUGGGUAGUUCGGAAUGCUAUUCAUGAUGUAGUUUCACGUUUUCAAUGCAGGGGUUACUAUCAGCUUCAUUAUUGCAGGAGCCUCUUGUGCUCUAAACGCACUCUGCUAUGCCGAGCUUGCGUCUAGCUUUCCUGCAGUUGUUGGGGGAGCUUACUUAUACACCUAUACAGCUUUUAAUGAGCUCACUGCUUUUCUUGUUUUCACCCAGUUGAUGCUCGACUAUCAUAUUGGUGCUGCUACCAUAGCACGCAGUUUAGCUAGCUAUGUAAUUAAUGCAGUAGAGCUCAUCCCCUUCCUUAAGGAGACCAUUCCCAACUGGAUUGGGCAUGGCAGCAAACAAUACCUGGGAGCAUUUUCUUUUAACAUACUAGCUCCCCUUCUCCUCAUUGCUCUGACAAUAGUUCUAUGUUGGGGUGUCGGAGAGUCCUCUAUGUUGAACUCAGUUAUGACAUUGACGAAGCCUUGCUAGGAAUUAUGAAAAGGCACGUGUUCUUUUAAAGUUGACUUAACUACAUAAUAAGAUUUUCUUCAGGUAGUCAUUGUUAUCAUUGUCAUCAUUUUUGGUACUUUUGAGGUUGAUGUUUCUAAUUGGACCCCCUAUGCUCCAAAUGGAUUCAAAUCCAUAUUAACGGGAGCAACUGUGGUAUUCUUUGCAUAUGUUGGCUUUGAUGCUGUUGCUAAUUCUGCUGAAGAAUCUAAGAGGCCACAGAGAGACUUGCCUUUAAGCAUAGUUGGGAGCCUCCUUGUAUGCAUACUACUUUAUAUUGCAGUCUGUUUAGUGAUUACUGGGAUGGUUCCUUACAAGUUCCUGGGUGGUGAUGCUCCUUUGGUUGAAGCUUUCAAUGAGAGAGGACUGAAGUAUGUAUCAGUGCUUAUCAGCAUUGGUGCUAUUGCAGGGCUCACAACAACUCUUAUGGUAGGCCUUUAUGUUCAGUCACGACUAUAUCUUGGGCUUGGAAGGGAUGGUUUAUUGCCUUCAGUAUUUGCAAAAGUACAUCCAACAAGGCAUACUCCUGUUCAUUCGCAAAUUUGGGUUGGAAUUGUUGCCAUCAUCCUGGCUGGUCUAUUUAAUGUGGAACAACUUUCUCACAUUCUUUCAGUGGGCACUUUGACAGGAUACUCUGUUGUUUCAGCUUGUGUGGUAUCUCUCCGCUUAAAGGACAUGACUGCAAGUCCUGUCUCCGCAGUGCGAAUUUCAAAGAAGGAUGAAGAAAUCAUUUGCCUGAUCUUACUUGCCUGUUCUGGCUUUGCCGCUGGUGUUUUUUACCGUUUUGGUGCUUCAGUUAUUUUUUUGACUGUAGCUGGACUGACUGCCAUAGUUGCUACAGCAGCUCUUCAUUUCCGGCAAGUGUAUACUGACCCACCAGGAUUUUCUUGUCCAGGUGUUCCAAUUGUACCAGCUGUUUGUAUCUUCGUGAAUAUUUUUCUUUUUGCGCAGUUGCACUACGAGGCCUGGGCGAGAUUCAUCAUUCUUUGCAUUAUUACAGUUGGCGGUUAUGCAAUGUACGGACAGUAUCACUCCAAUCCUUUUGGUUCAGACACAUUGCUUGCUUACCAUAGGGCUCCUGGAAAUGAAGUUAACGCGUAAUGCCCUAGCCUUCCAUUCAAUGCAUGUUAAUUACUCCCUCCGUCUAGUGAAGUUAAGACUUUGCUUUUCGGAAGCAAAUGUGCCCACUUUCCUCUAUUAAACAACACCAACCUCUUUUUUCUGCAUUACCCUUUUAUGAUAAGACAUUUUAUAUGAUUUCAAACCAUUUUAAAAUAAAAGUUACUUGCAUUUUCGGGAUAAAAAUGGAAAAUCCAACCAUACUUCAUUGGUUCAUCAAGUAAUAUGGGCGUAAAGCAAUAGGGACAUAUACUUUUGGAUAGAGGGAGUUAAUUGUUGGACUGUUUGUAAUAGGUGUGUGUGUAUAUAUGUAGGAGUUUGUGUAUUUGCUUGAAUAAUAGAUCUUCCAAAUACCCGAUCACUUCCAGAAGUGGUCACUUUGUCUUUUCCUGCUAGGCAAUGUUCACUCAAGGAAGGACCAAGGAGUGGCCGUUAAGAAAAACUGUAUAGUUCAGAAAUGUACUUGGUAAUAAUAUUCUAGUGUUCAUGAUGCAUG